UGAAUACAGAGCUACAAUGACCGAAAAUAUCCAAAUUGACCAUUAGCAUAUUCGAUUAAGAUCACUUUGCUAGCGUCCAUCAAAUUAACAGUCACAACCCAAUAUCGCUAAUGCAUUCCAAAAUAACAAAGCGGACCAAAUAAAUCAACCUGCCCGGAUACCAAAGAAAGUAGAACGCUCCAUCAAAAGCAGAUAUCCGACCGACACGCCACUACACCGUAUUAAUAACUAUUUUAUUACCGGUAAUAUUUGUAUCGGGUUUUAUUUAUUAAAAUACAGAAUUAUUACAGGCGCAGAGCGUGCCGCGCAGACGCACGCCCGUUCUAAAUUUAAAUUCGGCUGCGCGCGCGCAAAACAACAACGCUCAGAAUACUGACUCUGACGCGGGGAGCGCACGCGUCCCAGAAAACACAUUCCCGAUCGUUAAAACUUACUAUCCCCAUUCUUAUUUCGAAUCUGUGAAUAAACAACUUUUUUCAGUGUCUAUACGGCCAGCGUGUUCCGUUUUCAAAACUUUCACACGCAGUGUUAGUGAUUUACAGUGAGUUCUAAGUGGCCAGUGUUGUUCUUACAAUGAGGUGACGCGCCAAAAUGUUUACGAAUUUCAAACUGCUGCGGCAGAAGUCCAAGGAGGACCCAACGCCCACCUGCUACCGGAGCGUCAAGCACAAACCUCCCAAAACGCCGACUCUAACCCGGGCGAGGAAACAUCAGAGGCGUCGCUCGGAGCCCGGCGCGGUACCCUCCAUCGCAGGCUUCGCCCCCAACUCUGCCGCCCUCACCUCGGACCUCCUCGCUCCCGGAGACCGCAUCUGCAGCGUCAACGGCAUCAGCACCGCGCGCCUCAGCAACCAGGACGUGCUGCGAUUGCUGGAUAAUGUGGAGGAACGGGCUGAGCUGGAGCUGGAGUACUAUAUGCCUAAUUAUGCGUCCCAAAACUCUCUCUACAUCACCACAAAGCUAGCCGAAGUACCGGUCGAGAAGAUCGGGGGUUCCCUCGGCAUAACCAUCCGGGGCGGCCUCCCAGAGAACAGUGGUGCCAGUGCGGACCUGGUGCUGAACAGCCGCUCCCUGGAUGCUCUGCCUCUGGUCGUGACGCACGUGCGGCCGGGCGGCGCGGCGUAUAAUACCAGUCGGAUCAAACCCGGUGAUCGAUUGCUUAAGGUUGAUCAUAUAUCCCUCACAAACAAGACCCUAUCAGAAGUGCACCAGAUCCUACAAACCUGUCCCCAAGUGACGAGCCUCACCAUAGAGUAUGACGUAUCUAUCAUGGAGUCAGUAAAACUGGCCACCGGGCCACUGCUCAUAGAGAUUGAACGCCCAAGUAAUGAAGAUCUGGGAGUGUUUUUGGUAAACCAGAGGUACUCUGAUGACGUCUACAGUUCCGCGUCAGAGACCUAUCAGAUGGUUGGGAAUUGUAAUGCUAUUUAUAUAGAUAGCAUACUGCCGGCGAGCAUAAGUGAUCGCUGCGGCGCCCUCCACCCGGGCGACCAACUCCUGGCCUUCGACGACCACGUGAUCGACGGCAACAACUACACGGCCGAGGAGGUGAUGUGCUACCUCGAGGCGAGCGAGGCGGGCUACACGCGCCUGCACGUGGCCCCGCGGCAUGUGCGCCACGCGCCGCGCGCCGUCAGAGAAAACUCAAUAUCGGGCACAUCGACGCUGAACACGGCAAAGAAGAAUCGACAAAGGAAUUAUCGGCAGAGUUCGGUGCCUAAGCUCGGCCUACAGGAGGAUUACGACAGCCAACCGACGUACAUGUCGACGGGCGCCAUCUACCGGAGCGAGGCGCUGAACGUGCAGCUCGAGGUGCCGCCGGGGCACAGCAGCGGCGUCUCCAUACACGAGGAGGGAGGCGCGCUGGUCAUUGCGCAUAUUGCGCCGCAGUCGCCUGCGUACAGGUCCGCUUGCCUUCAGAUAAGGGAUCGAGUGAUGUCCAUUAACGGACAUGAAAACCUGACUUUGGACGUCGCGAAUGAGAUUCUUCAGAGGCGAAACGACUCUCACAAUCCCAAAUAUUUGACUUUAAACGUGGAAUUCAACAUGCCGAACACAAUUGAAGCCUCCAGUGGGGUGUUUAACGUGAAACUCGCUAAAUCCUCGGGAGGCCUCGGUGUUACUAUCACUGGUUGCAAACAGAAGUUACUAAGUAACGAGGAGCCGAUGGUGAUAUCGGACAUCAAGCCGGGGUCGGUGGCGCACCGCUGCGGCGCGCUGGCUGCGGGAGACCAGCUGCUGUCCAUCAACGGACAACCACUACAUAACCUGUCUCUGGACACAGCGUUCAACAUUCUCCAAAACUCACCCGAUGACAUAAUAACCUUGAAAAUUAGAAAACGAGACCUAACAGAAGACUGGUCAAACAUCCACAAACAGAACGCUAAGCUCACGCUGCAAAGCUUCAGUCAUAUCGAAACAAAAGUCCAGGUGCACAGUGGUAAAGACUCAGGUCAUCACAGUGAGAGUCCAAACAAUAGUGUUAAGGAAAGUGAAAGGAGUCAUGGUAGUAGUAGUAAUGACAGUGGAGCGAUGGUGUUCACUAUAGAGCUUAUGAAGCAAGAGAAUGGACCUCUGGGCUUGACGAUAGCGGGCAGUGAGGAUGUUACACAACCUAUAUUAGUCAGUGGACUUAUUGAAGGUGGCGUUGCGGAGAAGAGUGGUAAAUUAGCGAUAGGCGAUGAACUCUUAAGUAUAAAUGGAGAGAGCGUUUUGACAAAACCCUUAUCUGAUGCUAUCAAAUUAUUACAAAACAGUGGCCAAAGAGUGCAACUACAAUUAUGUAGAAAAGUUACAGGUUUAUUAGAUAACGCAGAAAAUGCAAGUGCUAGAGAUUCCAGCCAUUCAACGUCAAGUCCAGGCCUUUCAAACGAUAGUGCCGUAGAAUCUUGGGAUCAAAACACACCAGUUCGAACAAGUGCUAACUGUGGUAAGAAAGUUAUUUUCAACGACAAUGACAAUAAAGAUUUUAACUCCAUCUCAAAUGCAGUAAACUUUUCAGGCAAUUCAGAAAUCAUAGAAUAUGCAGUCCCAGACAAAACUCGUAUCCACGACAAGCAACCGUACUCUCCAACCGAUGAAGACAAGCUAAUGGCGUCGAACUACACAUCAGCUGCACCAUACAGCAUCAAUGACCUUCCCCUACCCAACUAUUCCCUAAACAACUCUCUAAAAACGUUCCACUACGAAAACACGUGCAUCAUACCGGACAAUACGUUAAAGAACAAACAGAGCUUAACGAGAGAAGACGAUGUCCAGCAAAUUGAGAUUCUAACUUCGACGAUGAAGGAUUGCCAGCUUCACAACAUGGAGAAGUCUUCGUGUAAAUGUGACUAUGUCCAAAUGGCCCCAUACGGGAUGAUUUCGAAAGGAAGGCAGCACUGGGACGGAGAGUUUAUGGGCAACGGCAUCUACACGGUGACGACGCCGCAGUCGUCGCCGCUGAAGCCUAACAUGCCCGGAACCAGUUUUCAGUUUGGAAACAGCAAUAUUUACGAGAAUGAUGGGCCGAGUCUCUACAGCACCGACUCCCUAUCCCCGGCGCGCGCGUCCGUCCACCACGUCAUUCUCUACAAGGACGCCAUCUACGACGACUACGGGUUCUCUCUGUCGGACGGACUGUACGAGCGUGGGGUCUUCAUCAACCGGAUACGGAAGGGCGGACCCGCUGAUAUUGUGGGGCUGUUGAAGCCUUAUGAUAGGAUUUUACAGGUGAACGGUACUAGGACGGUGGACUAUGACUGUUGCCUCACGGUGCCUCUCAUCGCCUCGGCGGGGGACCGGCUGGAGAUUGUGGUGCAGAGAUACGCGGCUGCCAGGGAAAUGAAGAGACAAGACGACAACGCAAGUCCGAGUGAUGGGAAUUUAGUGACGAAGACCAUUUAGUGCAUAACCCGACUGUAGUGCGGAGACACCAAACAGUUUCCGAAGUUAAGUGUUAAGUGACAAGUGAAUUUAGACGCUUUUUAUAUUCCAGAGACAAAGUUGUAGCUCAAAAUGUAGAAAACCGGUGCUAGCUAUGCGAAGUGAGACAAACUUAUCGCGUUUAUAAACGAACGAAAGAGACAAGUGAUUGUGUUGUGUUGUGUACCUAAGUGCACGGAUUGGAAGAAAGCCAAUGUACUUGUGGCCUAACGUUGUACGUGAAAUAUUUUAUUUUAUUUGGUUGGGAUAACGAAAUGCUAUGGAUUAAAAAUUAGGUAAGGUGUUAAAUAUAUUAGGUGCUUUAUGUUGUUUAAAUAUUCAAAAUUAUGGACAAUAUCAAAGGUACAUGAACAUUAUACCUCUCUCUGAAAUUAUUGCUAAAUGUUGCAAUUUCACAGCUGACUAUGAUUAUAAUACAAAAUUAACAAACCAAUUAUGGUUAUUUAACAAAAUACGAAUACUUUACUAAAAACCCAUAAAACCUUGUUUUUAUUUUGUACUGCGCUGUAGUUAUACAUGACAGA